AUGUGCACAGCAAUGGUGAAUCCGUGGAGCGGCUCCCUGUGUCUACUCGAAGCAACGUGCAUUGAUGAACUCGAAGAAACACGUAUAGUUGAAGAUGCGUAUAUUACAGCUUGUGAUUCAAUCGUAGAAACCAUGCUUGAUGGUGCCACUGGUGAGAAAUUCAAAAUUUGUCAAGAGCUAUAUAUUACCGAAAGAAACUAUAUUGAUAAUCUUAAAUUAUUACUUAAAGUCAAGGACGCUCUAUUAGAACGCGUCGCUAAAAAUAAGCCUGUGAUAGAUGAGGGAACAGUUAGACAAAUUUUUGGGAAAAUAAAACCUUUGGUAGAUGUUCAUGAGAAAAUUACUGCGCAACUCGAAGACUUAUUAGAAAAUUUUGACAAGAACCAGCAUCUUAUUGCUGAGGUGGGUGAA